UUGGCUUAAACCAGACCCCGGCUCAUGGUAACGUUGACAUAAACAAUAUGGAAGUUGGAUAUAUUAUGAUUUGCCGAACAACUGACAUGUGAGCGAUUAUAUAUAUAUUCCAGGAUAGCUACUGAAUACACAGUGACAUAAUGUCAUCUGAUGAUAUCUAUGCCGACCAGGCCAAACAUCUGGUGGAUGAGGUCAUUGAUCAUGCCAUUAAAAGAUUGGAGACCAGCCUUUCCUUAAAUGAAAGGGAAAAAACUUUUGAAUCUAUUCGUAUUUCAUCAGAGGUUAAUUCCAGGCAAUCUACUUUCGUCAAAGAAGAAAACUAUGAAGUGAAAGACGUGAAAUGGUUAACUAUUGAUGAAUUUACUGAAGAAAAGGCGGAACAGAAAAUCCAUGACUUUAUCAAGACGUGGCAAUAUGAGAACAGCUGGCAGUACUGUAUAGACUUCCUUGGUGAGGAUCCACAUGAUUAUGACACACGGUACCGAUUUCGAGUUCGGUGGAGCAUUCCUACACGAAGAAAACCAAUUCCUCGUGCCACCGCAUGUGUAUACUUCUCAUUUGUCGUGUCAACUAUUAAACCAAAACAUUACCCUGUUGAUGUGUUGUUUGUCUUUGAAGGAAACAGACUUGUACACAAGCCUGGACAGAGCAGAUUCCGCGAAAAAUGGCUGAAAGACAUUAUUGAAAGCAAAGUGAUGAUGAUGCAGAUGGUUGAAUUUUAGGAAACUUGUUAUUCACCGGGAUGUCAUACACAACAAUCAUGUUUUUAAAAUGUUGAAGGGAUUUGUAAGGAAAUGUGAAAAGAGUGAAUGAUAAACAGUUUACAUUUUUGUCUAAAAAAAUCCAGAAACUUUGGAAAACAAGGUUUAGGAAGAGUUGUCCUUCUUUGACCUGCGUCAAAAUGACAAGUUCCUCCGCAAAAUGUUCAGUCGGAUUUUUAUAAUUAUGAAACUACCUAUACCAUCAUACAAUUAAUGUCCUUAUGUAUACUUCUUGAAGUAUGGUUAGAUAAGUCUUAAGCUACUGUGAUAGUAUGCCAUAUCAAAAUGGUGUGUUACAUUGUAAAUAGAUAUGAAUAUUAUAUUCAUUAAAAUGUUGUACAUG